CGCCAGGGGCGGGGCGGCUCGGGCCAGCGGGCCAGGCUGUGCACCUGCGCCUCGGCGGGCUGCUGUGGGGCACUGUCCCCCGCCCGGCAGGCCCUGCAAUGGCCAGGCCGCAGAGGACUCCGGCGCGCAGUCCGGAUAGCAUCGUCGAGGUGAAGAGCAAAUUUGACGCCGAGUUCCGACGCUUUGCAUUACCCCGCACUUCAGUGAGAGGCUUUCAGGAGUUCUCGCGGUUGCUGUGUGUGGUACACCAGAUCCCUGGCCUGGAUGUGCUGCUUGGCUAUACGGAUGCUCACGGUGACUUGCUGCCCCUCACCAACGAUGACAGUUUGCACCGGGCCUUGGCCAGCGGGCCCCCACCUCUGCGCCUGUUGGUCCAGAAACGGGCAGAAGGUGACUCCAGUGGCCUGGCUUUUGCCUCCAACUCUCUACAGAGGCGCAAGAAAGGGCUCCUGCUACGACCAGUGGCACCUCUGCGCACCAGGCCACCCUUGUUAAUCAGCUUGCCCCAAGAUUUCCGCCAGGUGUCUUCAGUUAUAGACGUGGACCUACUACCUGAGACCCAUCGACGUGUGAGACUGCACAAACAUGGCUCAGACCGUCCCCUGGGCUUCUACAUUCGAGAUGGCAUGAGUGUUCGUGUGGCUCCUCAGGGUCUGGAGCGGGUGCCAGGGAUCUUCAUCUCCCGCCUGGUCCGUGGGGGCCUGGCUGAGAGCACAGGGCUGCUGGCGGUCAGUGAUGAGAUCCUCGAGGUCAAUGGCAUUGAGGUGGCUGGAAAGACCUUGGACCAAGUGACAGACAUGAUGGUUGCCAACAGCCAUAACCUCAUUGUCACUGUCAAGCCUGCCAACCAGCGUAAUAAUGUGGUACGAGGGGCAUCUGGGCGUCUGACAGGGCCUUCUUCUGUAGGGCCUGGGCCUACUGAUCCUGACAGUGAUGAUGACAACAGUGACCCGGUCAUUGAAAAUCGCCACCCUCCCUGUUCUAAUGGGCUGUCUCAGGGGCCCCUGUGCUGGGACCUGCAACCUGGCUGCCUACUUCCUAGUGCUGGCAGCUCUCUGCCCUCCUUGGAUAGCAGAGAGCAAGCCAAUUCUGGCUGGGGGAAUGGCAUGCGAGGUGAUGUUAGUGGAUUCAGCCUCUGACAGGCAAAGGUGCAGCCUUUGUCACUGCUGCCCGGACUUUCCAGUUGGGGAGGGAGAUUAGCUUGCUCACAGAGCCCGCUCAACCUGGUGAACAUUAAAGGUUUUCUACAAAUGUA